AUGCCAAUAGAGCCGAUUCGAUUUCUGGGGAAAACCGCAGGCGUAAUCGUAGGAGGACUAGUGAUCGUAAACGUGGCUUCCUCGGCGGCCAUGGGAGCAUUUCGAUAUACUGUCGAGGAGAAACAGAGGAAAAACGGAGGAUUGUUGGCUUGUAGAUGGUGUCGUGGAAAAGGGUUUUACAUAUGCAAACUAUGCAAAGGAGACGCAACGAUAAAAUGGUCGCCAUUGUAUGAUCCAGUUUGCAUCAAUCCUUGUCUUUGCCCUACUUGCGAUGGUCACAGGGUACAACGAUGUCUCAACUGCAUAGGAAAAGGUUUCUGCUGA